AGCAACGGCGAGGAGGAAAUGAUGAAGUUGUUAAGUAACAUCACCAUGCUGACGGAAGAGUCGGGGGUCUUCAAAAACCUCAAAUACUUUCUCAGGAGUUUCUCGAAACAGGAUGAAGAAGACUUAGUGCACGAGAAAUCAAACCUGUUGCCGAAAGAAACGUACUUCGGACCCGGGAGUCCCAAAAGUAUUUUCGAGGUUACGGAGAGCGCAGUGGUCCCCACUCACUGUGACCAGGUGAACCGGCAUUCGGAUUACGGAGAAAUGGACGAGGUGGACAGUGACCUGCUCAAUAUGGACGACUGCGAAAACUACGGGAACCGCUGGGGGUACACGUACGACGACGAUGACGAGAUCUAUUCAGAAGGCGGGAAGUCUUCGAGUUUCGGAGAGUACUGCAUGGGCGAGGCCAGCGAGUCUCAGGUCAUUGACCUCAGCAAGCCUCUAGUCAGGCGGCAGCUCGAUACCGAAACAAGAGAUGGUUUAAGUCGGGCUUUCAUCGGAUUAGAAGAUCCCUGGCAGGGGGAGCUGCCGCAGCUGAGCAAACCGAAUCCGUUGGUGGCGGGAUACGGCUCCGCGAGAAAGGAAACGAAAGUUUAG